ACUCCGAUUAAAUACUCAACUCAUCAAUUCACACUUCUUUCGAGGUUCUCUCCGCGGAUAUUCGAAGAACAAAGCUAAUCCCGAUGAACGCGUAAGCAUCCCUGCUUUUGAGAAUUAGUCUGGAUCUCGUAUUUCUUCUGCCUGAUUCCGAAUGAUUGAGUACAUCUAUUCGCUGAUCUGUCUGGGAGUCAUUACGUUAGCUGACCAGGUAUCCCCGCGAUAUAUAUAGAACAAGAAUUGGACUUGUCCGUUGAAUUAAUUUAGUUCAUCUCGAUUUCAUCAAUUUAUCAAACAGGCGGUUAUUUUGGAUAGAGCACAUCAAAAUGAAGGCGGCGGUUAUUCUCUCCACGGCCUCGUUGGCAGCUGCGUUUGUGAUCCCGGGGAAUGAUCAACAGCUUCUCUCGGCUUUGUCACAAUAUGCGGAUGCCUCCAGUGUAGUGCAGGAAUCAGUCUCUAAGCUAGAGUCAUCAAAGGAAAGCAUCGGCCAUUACUACUUUGAUAGUAAUGAUGAAUAUGACAACGAACAUGACGGAUAUCUGGCCGGAUCAGCCGGAAAUGAUGGCACCCUAGAGAAAUGGUAUGGGUUGGCCGAAUUAGUAGAUGGGUUGCAGAAGAGUGUCGAGCAGUUUGAGGAGAUCGACCUUGAGUGGUUAGAGAGAUCAGAUUUUGAGGAGAAGCACUUUAAAGGCAAGCAUCACAAGGCGAAACAUGGAGAUGACGAAGUGGAUGCCUUUGAUAUUCCAGCAUGCGGACACCAUCGUCCCGGUGGUCUCUUAUCCAAGACCAUGGCUCAAUUGAAGCAUCUGCUCGGCUUCCCAGCUCCAAUUUUCCAGAAUGAUGGAUAUCAUCCUCACCAUCCUCAUCAUGGUGGUCAUCACGACCACUCAGACUUCACCAUCUACGAACUCAUCUCCAAAAGCAACCACACCCACAUCUUCACUCACCUCAUCAACAAGUACGACGAUGUAGUGAAACUUCUCAACUCGACUUCUGGCAAGAAACACACCGUCUUUGUGCCCGUGGACUCUGCAUUCAAGAAUAUCCAUCAUCCGCAUCACAACAUCAGCAAAGAAGCUAUUCUCCACCUGCUCGAAUACUACAUCUCUCCCGAAGUCUUUUCUGCGCCCGAUUUCUUCAAUGUCCAGACAGUACCUACUCUUAGACAAGAGGAGACCAAGAGCAAAUUCCCGCAACGGAUCAGUACUUCCCUGACCCGUAAAGGAUUGACCUUGAAUUUUCACUCGCAUGUCAUCCGGCCUGAUAUCUACGCAACCAACGGCAUAAUCCACGCAAUCGACAACCUCCUCCUCCCAGCCUUCUACUCCAAAACCAUCGUCGAACUCGUCCCCUCCGUAUUCAGCACUUUGGAUCUAGCCCUAAUGAAAACAGGUCUAAUCGACGAAUUCGACCCUUCCACUCCGACAAUUGGCGGUACUUUCUUUGCGCCUACAAACGACGCUUUCGCGAAAUUGCCGCUUGAAGUUAAUGCAUUCCUGUUCAGUCCGGCGGGUCAGAAAUAUCUAAAGGCGUUGUUGAAGUAUCAUCUUAUUCCCGGACAUACCGUUUUUACGGAUGCGUAUUAUAAAGCUAAGUCCGAUGAUGACGACGAUGAGGAGGAUAGUCUUGUUGCUAAGAAACAUUUCGACCUCCCGACAUACCUCGACAAGAAACCUAUUUCCAUCGACAUCCGCAACUUCCAUCGUCUGGCCCUGAUAACCGUUAACAAACACACACCCGUAGCAGUGGCAAAUGUCCCCGUCAAGGAAGGAGUGAUUCAUUUGGUUCCAUCUGUUUUGAUUCCGCCUCAUAAGCAUGAUCAUGGCGCUUCUACUACUGAGGGUGGAUAUGAUGGGGAUCAUGGAAUCAGUGUUGAUGAAUUGAUGGGAAGAUUGGAGCCGUAUCUUGAGUGAUUGAUCAUAUUUUGAUAUAUCAUCUCCUCUCUUCUGACGAUCAUAUUAUGUAUAAUGACAUUUAUGUUUGUUUGACCAAGACUGGAUUUCUUUACUUUGUUUCGUGUGUCAUAUUGAUCUAUUUCUUGGAAUAUAUAUUCAGAUUUUGUUUG